UUCAAUCGUUUUAGAAGAAUCCCAUCGAAAACUUCCCCCUUCCCAGGUCUCUGUGAAACCCUAACUUCCAUAGCCUCAUCAAUUCCUUGCUUUCCCGAGGGUUUAUCCUUCAUAACCUCAGCAUUCUCCUGUAACUUGGCAAAAUGGCAUCAGUUUCUAGUCAGCCACAGUUCCGUUAUACCCAGCCACCGUCAAAGGUUCUCCACUUGAGGAAUUUACCUUGGGAAUGCACUGAGGAGGAACUGAUUGAACUGGGGAAGCCAUUUGGAAAAGUUGUGAACACAAAGUGUAAUGUUGGAGCAAACAGAAAUCAAGCUUUUAUUGAGUUUGCAGACAUAAAUCAAGCUAUUGCGAUGAUAUCAUAUUAUGCAUCAUCCUCGGAGCCUGCUCAAGUUAGAGGAAAAACUGUUUAUCUGCAGUAUUCCAACCGGCAAGAAAUUGUGAACAACAAAACUACUGCUGAUGUUCCUGGAAAUGUGCUUUUAGUAACAAUUGAAGGCACUGAUGCACGCCUUGUCAGCAUUGAUGUUUUGCACUUGGUCUUUUCAGCCUUUGGGUUCGUGCAUAAAAUUACUACCUUUGAGAAAACAGCUGGAUUUCAGGCAUUGGUGCAAUUUUCAGAUGCAGAGACUGCCUCGUCUGCUAAAAAUGCCUUAGAUGGGAGAAGCAUCCCUAGGUAUCUGCUUCCUGAUCACGUUGGACCAUGUUCCCUUAGAAUUACUUACUCUGCCCACACUGAUUUGACUGUGAAAUUUCAGAGCCAUCGAAGCAGGGACUACACUAAUCCUUAUCUGCCUGUUGCUCCAUCGGCCAUAGAUGGAAGUGGUCAGUCACCUUUGCAGUUCACCGUGGGUUUGGAUGGAAAGAAGAUUGAACCAGAGAGUAAUGUUCUUCUUGCCUCCAUUGAGAACAUGCAGUAUGCAGUGACGUUGGAGGUUUUGCACAUGGUUUUUUCUUCAUUUGGACCUGUCCAAAAGAUUGCCAUGUUUGAUAAGAACGGGGGAGUGCAGGCCUUGAUUCAGUAUCCAGAUGUUCAGACUGCGGUAGUUGCCAAGGAAGCCCUGGAGGGACACUGUAUUUAUGAUGGAGGAUUCUGCAAGCUUCACAUCUCAUACUCGCGCCAUACUGAUUUGAGUAUCAAGGUGAAUAAUGAUAGAAGUCGAGACUAUACAAUUCCCAAUACUCCUUCCAUGGUAAAUUCUCAACCGCCUGUUGUGGGGCAGCAACCAGGUCAAAUGAUGGGUCCUUCCACCCAUCAAUACAACGGAAACCAGUAUGGUCCUUCCGCCGAGCAGCCUGGGGUGCAGCCUCAGCCUUCUUCAGGUUGGGGAUCUGGUGGUCCAGCUGCGCCUUACUCCAUGCCCAUGCACAAUCCUGCUUACAUGUCAUCAGGGACAAUGCCCCCUCAGAUGGCCCCAGGUAUGAUGCCAAGCCCCAGUGGUUUACACCAGACACCGCCACCGUAUCGCCCCCAUCACAGGCAAUAGCAUGUAUUGUCUUCUGUUUAAUAGUUGAAUGUCCAUUCAAGAAAACCAAGCUUCUUAACGUACUAUGCAUGCAAUUUGGCAGAGGAAAAAUGUGCAUUAAAUUCGACAGUUUCAGAACAAAUUUGGUCAGUUCUUGUUCAUUUCUCUUUCAUUUUAAGGGAUUUGAAUGAAUGUAAGAUCGAUUAUCCCGAGUGCAAAAAACCAAGCACCUUUCUUCGAAGCUAAGUGAGUUGCGAAACUCGGUUAUUAUUGAUUAUUAUCUUUGGAUACGUGAU